ACGCCCAAAUUCGAAGAUUUAGAGUGAUAUGAGAGCAAGGUCUCAUGUUGCCGACACGAACCAUGCAUAUCGAGGACGCCGUGCUCCUCUUCGACGCUGGAGCCGCCACGGUGCAAGGCGGACGAGUAUCGCAAGAAGAUCGCCAUGUAAUUCUACUACCGCACCAGUUCCCGCCGACAAAAUCAACUGAUAAAUUCGCCUUGUUUGCGACGUACGACGGGCAUGGCUCUGCAGAUGUAUCCGAACACGUCCGUCAAAACCUGCCAAACCUCCUCAUUAAACGCCCCGAAUUCGAAAAGGGUGAUUACGAAACUGCAAUCAUCAAGUCAUUCGAGGAUGAAGACGAGCUACUUCUCCAAAUGGUGAUGGAAGAGAAUACGCAGGCCGUCAUAGCCGGUUCAACGGUGGCGCUGUGUCUGGUCAAUUUGACAAAGGGGUUGAUGGUUGUUGGGAACGUGGGAGAUUCGCAUAUCUUUCUUGCUAGACGCGAUGAAGGGUCGGAGUUUAUUACGUGGCAAGAACGGUUGACUGUAGCUCACAAACCGCAUGAUCCGUCUGAAAAGAGUCGCAUCGAACAGGCUGGUGGCGCAGUGCAUACAUAUGGAGGAACCGCUCGACUCGGAACUCUAAACAUGUCCCGUGCCCUGGGUGACCUCCAAUACAAAAACCCAAUCAACAAUCUCAACCUCACCAGGGGCACCAAAAAGGCGAAACGCGCCAAUGCCAGCGGAUCCACAAUCCGAGGCAAUAUAUUGUCCAACGAAGCGUAUGUGCGAACCAUUAAACUCGAUCCAAACAGUCGAUAUACGCUCUUGGUUUGUACAGAUGGUGUCACGGACGUCACGGAUGAGAAACAACUCAUGACGGAAGUGAUGAGUGACUUUGUGGCGGGGAGAAGAGCAAGAGAUAUUGCGAAGAUGGUUACAACUGCGACGGGGGAGCAGCCGCAUAGUGAUAAUAGUACGUGCGUGAUUGCGUUUUUGGAUGGAGUCAGGGCGCUGAAGUAGAUUUGCAUAUGUGAAAGUAGAUAUUGCAUGGUGGUGUUGUCAGUGUAUAUUAGGCCAUAUUCUGGAAUUGCAUGUCGUUUAUGAUAGAACGCGCAACUUCUUCCCUAUCAGAUACUCCUUCAUCACAGGCACGGCCAUACCCAACGAGACAAUAGUCGCGAUCCCACCACAAGUCAAUGACAAGGCAUGACUAACUCGACAUCCAUUCAGAUACGAAGUCACAACUUCCUGCAGCUCUUUCCCCGAGAACAACUGGCGCAACAGACUCGCU